GGCCGCGGUGCUCCGGAGCCGGCUGGGCGCACGCAGCUACUGCUUUAAGACAGAGACUUCAUGGAUAAAUAUGAAAUCCUUACAAAAAUUGGAGAAGGAUCUUUCGGCAAAAUAUUCUUGGCGAAAGCAAAAGUGGAUGAUGAGCAAUGUGUUAUCAAGGAGAUUGAUUUAGCUGAGAUGCCUGUGAAAGAAAAAGAAGCCUCUCAGAAAGAAGUCAUUCUCCUGGCCAAGAUGAAGCAUGCAAAUAUAGUAACCUUCUAUGCUUCUUUGCAAGAAGAAAACAAGCUGUAUAUUGUGAUGGAAUACUGUGAUGGUGGAGAUUUGAUGAAGAGGAUAAAUAUGCAGCACGGAGUACUGUUUGAGGAGGACCAGAUUUUGAGUUGGUUUGUACAGAUCUCCUUGGGCUUGAAGCACAUUCAUGACAGGAAGAUUUUACACAGAGACAUAAAAUCACAGAACAUUUUUCUUAGUAGUAACGGGAAGGUAGCAAAGCUUGGAGACUUUGGCAUAGCAAGACAGUUGAAUGACACGACAGAGUUUGCCUGUACAUGCGUAGGGACCCCCUAUUAUCUGUCACCAGAGAUCUGUGAAAAUCGACCAUACAACAAUAAAACAGAUAUUUGGUCUCUUGGCUGUGUGCUCUAUGAGCUAUGUGCACUGAAGCAUCCUUUUGAAGGCAAUAGUUUGCAUCAGCUGGUGCUGAAGAUCUGCAGAGGAUAUUUUCACCCAGUGUCUCCCAGAUAUUCGUAUGAUCUGAGGAUGUUAAUUUCCCAGUUGUUUAAAAUAUCUCCGAGAGAUCGACCAUCUAUCACUUCUAUUUUAAGGAAGCCCUUCUUGCAGAAGCUUGUUCUAAGACAUUUGCCCCCAGAGGAAGAACUCAGUCACACUGUGAUACAGAGAAGGAAGCCUUCAGGAUCACUGCCUGAAGUCAAGAUGAUGCCAGUUUGUAAGCUUCAAAGAAGGAGAGUUCAGGACCAAAUUCUUCCAGGAUCUGAAAUGGUAGCACCUAUGACAACGCAGGAAUUAUAUCAAAGAAAUGAAUGGAAGCCUUCUUCAAGAGGGCAACAGCUUCAGCCACAGAGCUCCAGAUUUAAGAUGGCAGAAAGGCCAGAAAACAUUAGAGUACAUGGCCAUUAUGGUCAUUACUAUGAUAAACUCAACAAUUUGCAAAGGAAAAUUAAUGCAUGUUAUGACCUUUCUCACAUCAGCCAAAGAGCAGAGGAAUAUUAUAAACUAAAAGGAGAAAUUGCACCUCCACCCCCCCCACCUGAAUGGCCUGCAGAAUACCUUCAAAGGCGCUUUGAAGCCCAGCAGUACAAGAUUAAAGUGGAAAAACAGCUGGGGCUGCGGCCAUCCUCUGCUGACCCAUAUCAUGACCAAAUGCAGAUGCAAAACAUAAAUGAGGAGCAUCUCAAAAUGCAUCAGCAGGACACGUCUAGAAAGAGUGAGAUGAAAGAACAGGAGUACCUGAAGCAGUUGCAGAAAAUUCGUGAAGAAUACCACAGCAAUAUGAAAGAACUCAGAUUAAGGGCAAGGGUACACCAGGAGAAUCAAAAAAUACAAGAUAAAACCUUUCUGGUGAGUCAAGGGAAAACUGAAGACCACUCUGAAACCAAAGAUACAGCUGGAAUAAGAGGAGAAUCACUUGAGGGCAUGGAAGAAAACUUUAAACAGGUCAGACUCCAGGACAGGCAAGACCAAGAAAAUCUAGAGAAGAAAUGCAGCAGAAAGGGGGGAGUAAAAUUUGAAAUUAAUUUAGAUGUGUGUGUUCCUGAGGAAGACAGCAUUCAAGAAGCAGAGGUACAGGAUAAACUCAAUGAGAUAUUAACUUCUGUGGAUAGUGAGAAUCUUGAAGACAAAUUGUUGAAUGUUUAUGAAAAUCCUAUGGACAGGGCCUUGGGAGAAUUAUCUGGACACCAAACAGCGUCCAGUGAUGCAGGUGAUACUGAAACAAAAAGAAAGCAUUGGCAAGCUGGAACACCCCAGACACUACUGAAAUGUUUAGCCAAUAUUGAUACUUCAUCUGUAUCUGUAUGUCCUACUAUGGCUGAAAAUGAACUUGCUGACCAUGUUAUUCUGCCUGAAGACAUCACAGCAAACAGGAAGCAGUGGAAACAAACAGCCCCAGGGACGCUCCUGAACAUCUUAGCAAAAGCAGAGCUCUGUAAUGAUUCCUUCAUCCAGCUUAAAGAGGAAAUAGAAGAAAGCAAGGAAGACGAUUCAGAAACGUGUGCCUGUGUUGCUGUUGAUGAAGGCAGACUUGAGCCAAGAUCAGAUGAUGAAGACACAAAUUUUGCAGACUCUGGAGAUGAGCUGAGACAUGAGCUGGAAGCAGCUUUGGAAAAAGCAGUAACGUCUUCAGCAGAGAGAUGCACAGAGUCUUCUGUGCUUUCAAUACAUAAAGAUCAAGCUCAUGAAGAAAGCACAAGCUUACCUAGCAAGCUACUUGAGAAAUGUAAUGAUGAGUUAGAAAGUAACUGCGGGUCACUUACUUUAGAUGCAAAUAAUGGAAAAAGCAAGCAACAGCUACGUGAUGCCCAAGAAUGAUUACUGAUUCAAAACACAAUUUUCCUGGAAAUGUGAACUACAUCAGUAAAAUAAUAAUAAAAAAGAACAGGUAGCUGUCAAUAAAUUCCAGGUAAAUCAAUUGCUUUCCAAUAGCAUUAAACAAUUAAGAUAUUUCUUGACAUUUUUUAAAGGAAAAAAAAAUAACAGGCUACUUUUGGGAUUACUACAUGUUGAAAAACUCCAAUCCAGAAUUGUGUAUGUGAUGCACUUUCCUUGAUUAAUGUAAACUACCUGGGACAUCUCUGACACUUGCCUGGGCAACUUCUGACUGCAUAGUCUGCAGCCAUUUUUAUAUCAUGUCAGAAGGUCUCCCAGUCAGCGUAUUUUAUUUUCAUAGAUCGAUCAACCUCCCAUUUUAAGAAGCUUUUCCAGCUUUUCACAACCCCUCAGUACCAUCAGUGCACCUUAGUAUUUCAUGUAGUUUCAUUUAUACUGCACUGACUGCACCUCCAACUCAACUUAUACAGCAGCAGUAAGAGGUCUUACUGUGCCACGUGUGCAUUCCCCAGUUCCUAAUAAAACUUAGGACAGGGUUCCAGUGAAUUAAUUAAUUUCCAGUGAUUAAACAUGCGUUUUUCCAACCAUAUUUUUUUCACAUACAAAAUGUCAUCAACACAGGUGAAGUUUAAAUAGAGGAAAAAAUCGUGUUCUAAAGUCUGAUUUCAGUAGCUUGUUGCACUUUUCUUGUAGUUCUCAGCACAACCUAAAAUACUGUUGUGAUGGCUCAAAAAAACCCACAGUGUUUCUCCAGUUUGGAUAUGAAAACGGAUGCUUCGUAUUUUAACUUUUUGCUCACUUAGUUCUCAGUGUCAUAAGCACUCUUAGAGUUGUGAGGUUUGUAUUUGUGUGCUAUCUAAUUAUGGUCUCUAAUUUAGGCCCUCCUAUUUCCUAGGAACAGAAAAUCUUUCAGUAGGAUAGAACACGAGAAAUACUAUGCCAUACUGUAAAGGACACAAGGAAAGAGCUAAUGUGAGGACUGACAAUUAUGACACUAAAAAAGCAAGCUAGCAAAUUGUAUUAGAGGAACUGCUAUAGGUAAUGAAAUCACCAAGACUAUAUGAGAAACAGCUGCUUACAUUUUUCUUCAUUAAACGUAACUACAUUUUUCUUCUCACGUUGUUGGAGUACUUAACUUUACCAAUGGAAGAAACACAUAUACAUAUAUAUGCACCUAUCUGUAAAAACAUGAAACAGUGUUCUAGGAAGGAUUCUGCACAUUAAGAAUAUAGAAUUUUCAUCAGAAAUACAAGAGAGUAUUUAUUUCCCAGUAAACUCUCUCUAUUACAUAAAACAUAUACCAACAGAAAAAAGAAAGAUCUCUUUAUUGAAUAGGAGCAAGGGACCAUAAAUUACACGUAUUUACAGGUGACACGGGGUCCAACACAACAAGUUUUAUUCCUAUGCAUUUUUGUUCGCAUUCAUUUAAAUAAGGGCUCCACAGAUAAGAGGAAUGUCUCUUCAAAACGCUGGUCAGAAAACCUGCACACAGACUGGCGAGCACUUUCUCUGAUCUCUAACCUUUCUUCAGGAGACAUGGAAAAGAUGUGAGCCAUUGUCUCGGCGUAACUGUCCUCGUUCUCUGCUAGGAAGCCUGUAAUACGUCCUUCAUAGGGAACCACAAUAUCCAGUUUGGGGCCACCAGAAUUGUGAGCCAGGAUAACUGUGCCAGCUGCCAUGCAUUCAACCACUCCUGUAAAAGACAGAAAACAUGACAUGAAUGUGUACAUUGCAUGCUUUGGUUUUCAAUAGUUCACUGGAAAUUUAAAUCCGUAAUAAAAUUCACCUGGAAUUAUAAAUUAA